ACCAAUGCUUCGCUAGUUGACCUUUGCGAAACAGAAAACACUAAAAAAUCCAAGUUAACUUCAUUCUCAUCUUUUUCUAAUCAUUAAUGGUAAUUUAGGCACGUCUGAAGAGUCGCUGUGUUCAAAUUCCAUCGCAUUUGCCCUUUACUGAGCUUUAUUGUUUUGCGAAACGCUUUACAACCUGCCACCUCUUUUAAGACCCAAAGAUUCUAACUCUUCUAUCUAGUCUUAUCUAUACAUUAAUUUGUUUGACUUCACCAGCUCGGUUCUUACUGUAGUUGGUCUUCAGGUUGCGAUUCUCAAACAUAUAUUCAAUCCUUCUCGUCUCUUAGGCGUUUUUCUCUUGUAUUAUCAACUUGUUUUAUUGAUUUCUUUUUUGUCAUUUUUUCCUUGCAUUGCUUUGCCUUUUUCCGUUCUGUAGUGAUUUUUGUUGUUUUGCUUUUUCGCAUUUCUUUUCCCAAAUUAUACAAAUACUCCAGUGUGUGCUCUUCCUCUUUCAAAGUACGCCGCUUUCUUCUUCGUUAGUUCCUUUCUUAUGAAACUUCCUUCUUUGUCUUUUUCUCAUUCCUCGGGUUUUCUGCUGAAUGAUGAUAAUGCUCACGAGUACGAAAUAGAGUUCGUUUCUGACCAUCUUCCCAAUAGCCCUUCCAGUGAUGCAUCUUCUUUAUCUCCUUCCUCAAAAUUCUCAAGCUUACGGCCUGUCCGCCGUCAAGAAGACUCCGUAGACCAUUCUUCCCUUUCCAAUGCUUUUGGUGAAAAGCUCAAAGGAGGCGGUGGUUUAGGAUCCUUCGGUCGAGGGUCUUCUCCAAAAGGUAGUGGUGGCUUUGGAUCUUCUACCAAACCCAAACCCAAGUCCAAACCUCAAACUGGUAAUUCUCCUAAAGGAUCGUCCCCCAAGAGCUCUGGUGGUUCUGGGCAUUUUUCUUCGUCUCGUGGUCACCAUGUUGAUAAACCAAGGUACAAUAAUGGGAAACCGGGACAGCGUGCGAUGAAUACUUACCUUGGUUCAGGGUUGACAUACUUUGGAUCCGCUUAUGUUCUUGAUCACGCUAUUAGAAAUAAUCAAUUCUAUUCACUGAGCGUGAACACGCAGCUUAUCAACAAUACGCAAGUUUCUUUAUUAUCCGAGAAAAGCAUUCUUGAUGUUCCAAGUAAUAUGUCCUUUGCCUUCAACUCUUCUAGUGUUUUAGUCUUAAACGACUAUUACAAAAAAAGCGACCUUGACAAUGUUGUUACCGGGUAUUUUUAUCGUAUAGCCCCAACUGAUAAUUGUAAUGAUACUGCUUCCUUACAGGCUUCGCCAUCUCGUACCAUUUAUUGGGAUGAUGUUUCAGACCUUCAAUCUUUUGGACUCAUAGCUUUGGCUCCUUUUGAUAAAUGUGCACCAAACUACGCUCACCGGGCCAUGAGUGAUAACGCCGAUGCCAUAUUGUUUUAUAAUGCCAGUACAUAUGCUGAUUCCGAAACUAAUUUUGAUUCUUUUACUCGUAAGAUUUCAGGAAGCUUUCUAUCAAACCUUCCAAUGUUACUUAUUUCCCACUCAUACGGCUUGAGGUUUGAAGAUGCCCUCACAUUUUAUUCUGCUCCCAAUAUACAGCUGCUUCCUGACAACGGAAUGCUCGUUCAUAAAUACGGUGAUAUUAAUGCAAAAGCCAGAUUAGGCACGCCUGUAUAUAGAGGACAAGGGACGUUUAAGACUUUGUCUUGGUUCUAUAUUCUUAUAGCUAUCAUUGCUGGUAUUUUUCUCAUAGUUUCUGUAUACAUCAUACUUCAUUUUACAGGAAUCUUAUCAGGAUUUUACAGGACCCUGCGCCGAGCAGGUGCACCAAUUCCUCAACGGUUCACUACCACUAGAAAAAAGAGCAAGUCCUCGCCUGUCAAGAAAGAGUUACUAGAAACUUUUCCCGUUCGGCUAUAUACAGUAUCCGAACCAACUUUGCCCUCCGCUACUUAUCAAACCACUAAUGAUUCAGCCUUGAGCCUUUCUGGUUCAGAAAAUUCAAAAAAUGAUCCUGCUCUCAAUGAAGUAAGGCCUGUCAACCAUUAUGAUCAGAACGAGUGCACUAUAUGUCUUUGCGAUUAUUCCGACGAUCAUAAAUUAUACCGUGAACUUCCUUGCCUUCAUAUUUAUCAUCCGGACUGUAUUGAUCCAUAUUUGCUAAAUAUUUCAGAUAAAUGUCCCGUUUGCAAGCAAUCCGUUCUUCCUCCCUCCAUCGAGAAAAUGAUUUGAAGCUGUAUUAAUUUAUAAUUACAGAUAACUAUUUAUUUUCAAAAUGUUCUAAUUUCGAUUCAUCUAUAGUAAUCGCUAUUAUUUAUAUAAGACCAGUUCAAAUAGCCGUUGGACUGGUUCGGAAAUGGUUUUCAUUGUUCAUUUCUGAAUAUACAUUUGCUAUAAUUUUUACUUUAGAGCUUUACUUCGACUUUGCAUCCUAAUAUUAAUUAACUCUUAUUUGGCGUAAUUUAUCAAUUUAUCG